UUCCAAAAUGGCGGAUGUCUUGCUUGGGAAAGGAAAACUGAAGCCGUAAAUAUGAGAUUUAAUCAAAAAGAGCUCGCUUUUAUCGCCACCCGGACAGACAUACCAUUUGACAAAGAGGGCGUCUUGUGGUUAAAAGAAAAAGAAGGACACUUUUGGCAGCGAAACGAAGGUAACUAUGUUACAGAUGAUUUUACGAUAAAAUCAGCUGGGAGCUCGCUGAAGUUGUCACAAAAUCAUCAAUCACAACAGUGAAUGUUUGACUCGAAAUUUCCCACUGCUACCUUGUCUUGUUUAAAUUCAUUGCAUUUAUUACAUUUACUGCGCUGUGGUGAAGCGUUACGGAGGAGACAACGGAGUUUUCUAACGUUUCGCAGUUCCUCUUUUCCGUUUUGGAGUAAAACUGCAUGAUACUUGAGCUUACAGCACUUUAAUUGCGUUACGGGAAAACAGUGGCUACGCGUUGAAAUUCAAGAGUAGAAGAGGUCUUGAAAGUUGGAAAUUUGGUAGAAUAUUUUGCAGUGGAGCUCAUUUUGUUAGCUUAAGUCAGCUUAGGCUCCGUUACUUUUCGACCUAUUUUGCUUCACAUAUUUUAAAAUUUUAAGCAACCGGAAACCACGUUUGGAAUCCUCCAAAAUUUGAUUGGCACUUUCUGUUGUAAAAGUUAAAUGUCAUUUCCAGAACUCUUCUACCUUGCAAACAGAGCCACUAUAUUUAAUUUUGGUAAGAUUUCCACACAGCCUCAUGUUUCGACUCAAUUUGUAUUUUCAGUCUGUGUGAAAUAUUAUGAGAUUGAUGCAAUAAUCAAAUUGUAUUUUUAACACGGCUUCUGAUAUUUCCUGCGGCCGGCAGAGCCGCAAAAUUCAGGUAAAUCUGUGAAAUCCUGUGAAAUUCACAAAAACAUGCAAAAUACAACAUACUUGAAACUUUGGCUUUUGGGGCUGUUUAAUUGCCAUAAACUUGCAAAUUUAUCUUGAAACUUCUUUACCACAAUGAGGGAACAACUUUCCAAAACUACCAGGUGUAAAUUAUGUUGCAAAAAACUCGGCACUAGUCAUGAUGUUAAAAGCUUUGCUAUUGGCUCAUUUCUCGAGCGCUUUGUUGUUAAAAUAUCAAAUAAUUAUCAAUCAAGCUCGAGCUAAAUUUGCCCAGAAAAUUCCCAUGAAAUCGGCAAAAUUGGCAAAAUCGAAAUUUUAGCGAUUGUUUUCCGGGGAAGUUAGCCCCAAGAAUUCUGCUAAAUCCCUGCGAAAUCGGCUGACUUUUUUGUGAAUCUGUCUCUGAAAAUUCCACAAAAUUUGGCUUUAAUUUUUAAUUUGAGUUGUCAGAAGCCCUAUUUUAAUAAUUACUGGGAACAAAUAAUAGCAGCAAUAGCACAUAUUGUUUCCUUAACUUUAUUCAAUUUGGUUUGACUGGGGAAGGAGGGGGGGGGGGUAUUAUCUGGACGAGUACAAUAAUAAAUAUUUAUAGUAAAUUUGUUCUUGUGAGUGUUAUCUUUGGCUAUAUUGAUUAAACCUCUGUAAAGUAUUUGUGCUGCAUUACUUUAAGCUUCAAAGAAAGAAAAUCAUCUUGGCAUGUUGUUUGUGCCUUUUGUUUCAGUAUAUACAGAAAGAUGGUUCCGUCUGCGUGGAAAUCUGUUGUUUUACUUUAAGACAAAGGACAAGGUCUGAAAGCCAUGGCAUUAACUUUUUAAGUCCCAAUAGUGACCAACAUCAAUUUUCUCCUAACAAUAUCCAUAGAUUGUCAAGUGCAACAUCUAUGAGAAUUAAUCAAAUGAUCACAAAGAGAAAAAUCUCUGAUCUUUUAUCAAUUUCUCCCAACUAAUUCUGUAAGGAAAUGGAUAGAGAUCAGUAUGGAGAAUUUGUUUGUGGAUAUUUGGGCUUAAAGGGUUAAUUCACUAUUUGCUAGACUGAGUGAUGGUCAUAGAUCCUACUUCUCAAAUAAAUUGGUGUAGAGUCUAAGAAGGGCAGAAAAUGCGGUUCAAGCAUUUUCCUAUGAGCUGUUUGUGGGUCAAAGACAGUACUUACAUUUCUCAGUUAUUUUAUCAGUACCCUGAGUAUUGGUCCAACCCUGGAAAUCAAACACAUGGGCUCCUACUCGGCAGUCAAGCGCUCCACCAACUGAGCUAAUCCUGAACUCAGGAAUACAAUAUUUUCCUUCAAGUUUUUUAAUUGUCAAAAAUUGUCCAUUACUCUAUACUAUCCAGCUUUAAAAGAAUUUUAAAGAAUGUACAUGGUUUGUGUAGAAUUCAGAUCCUGCAGGAGCAAUUGUGCUGGAAAGAUGUCGGGUCUUAAAAGAUUCAUCUCCUCAAAAGAAGCAUGGAUUCACAAUCGGUGGGUACAUUAUAGUACAGUUCAGGGCUGUCAAUAUAUAUACGGUACAUAGAGGCAGGGACCGGGGAUUUCCACCACCUACUAUGAAUGUGGCCCCGGCUACUUUCAAAGGAAAAUGGAAGAAUAAUAGAACCAAAAGAAACCCUUAGCUGUUUGAUUCCCCUUCUACUUGUUGUAUCUACCCGGCAACUUGAAAAUCUUAGUGACAAGCCUGACAGUUAAAUCCUCUAGUCAGUAAUCAUGUUACCAUAGAGUUGCAUUGGCGACCACAUGGUCAACCAAGGCAGAGAAACACUCUUACUUUUUUGUGUAGACCUCUUUGUCUACUCAAUGGAGACUUUUAAUACUCAAGGGUGUGUCUGGCUAACAUUGUUGGAGCAUUGUUGAUUUAAGGGAGAAUGUUCUAUUUUGGUCAGAAUGCGUGAGUAGGUCUUGGUCAGUUCUUUAAUUUUUUGUCAGUAUAGAUAUAACGUAAUGUCAUGACAGUUGUUGCUUAUUCUGUUUGUGCUGACAGUGUUUGAUGAGGAUGACACACAAAGAUAUCAUUUGAAUGGAAAGUCAACAAAAGAGACAGAUGAAUGGAUGGAAAAGAUAAGAAAUGCAAGGUAUAUUCAUGCAUUUUGCCCCCAAACUGGUAGCCCAAAAAAAACCCUCCAUUUUUAGCCUUGUGAAAGUUGCCCUAAAAAACUAUUCAAAGUAACUAUCUAUUCUUUUUAAACAAUGGAUAAUUUUUCCAUAAUAAGCCCCUCUAAAAAUUUGUUCAGAAAAAGUCUGAGGGUGUGUAUUUUCUGUAUAGUGAAUGGAAGGUUAAUGUAUUCAUUUUUGGAUAAUUUUAUAACUAUAUUUGUUCAGAAAAAAGCUGUCAGUAUAGUGAAUGGGAGGUUAAAAAUUCAUUUUUCAAAAUCAUAUUUUGUGUGUCAGCAAAAGACCUUUUCAGUUUUUUUUUUUGCAAUUACGGGUGACCUAUAGAAAAAGAUCUACAACACUGGCAUACAAAUUUUGCUGAACCUUGAUUAUAUGAGCCAACUUCAUGAACAUGCAGUGUGCUAGCUACAACCCCGGACAAAACCUGUUGAGACAAAUCGCAAAAAUGCCUAUUUUUCCUGUCAUCCUGGCAAAAACUGAAUCCUCCACCAAAUAAAUGCCCGAUUUCCCUCCUUCCCUUAUCCAGCCCCUUAAUAUCCAAAGUUGUUUAGGAUAGCAUGGAAAUUAUUAAAACAUGUUGGCUUUUAGACCUGAUGAGGGGGCUUACUUUUUCUGUUUAGAGGAGAUGGGAGUAGGGCACGAAAGUUAGAAAAUAGAUGGAUUCAUUGCCUAUUUCACUAAUUAGCUCUCCUUCUAUAUUUGUUUCUUGAAAAAAAAUUUAAGAAUUAUCUCACUGAUAGCCGAUCUGUCGCUUAAUUUUCUGAUCUUGCUCACUCUGCACUCAGCCAUGAAUUUAGUUCAUUAGGUAGUUGAAGGAAGCCUAUUAGUAUAAGCUUCAAGCUUCGUUAGGCUUCCUUGUCUCAUUAAUUUUAUAAUUUAAUUAACAACUUUUGUUCAUGUUGUAUAAGGUUUUGUGAGUGACUAAAUAAAUAAAUAAAUAAAUAAACAGUUUUGUCCGGGGUUGUAGCUCCAGGAUGAUUUGCAAAAGUAUCCCAUAAAAACUUUUUUUAAAUUCUUUUUUCUUCAAGUUAUGAAAGUUUAAGAAACAAACUGUUAAGUUUGAGAAAGCAGCUAAUGGAAAUCACUGGAAAGGUAUAGUUUGUAUCUUUUUUUAAAUAUGAAUAAAGUUAUUUAUAAUAUUGUUUCCUUUUUUUCUUGGCUACUGAUCUUUACCCUCAUUUUGUUAAUAUUCAGGAUCCUUUACCAGAAUUCCACCCCUUAGCUCAACAGGAGGUAAUGUACAUUGUUUGCAUAGCAGUAAUAGUAUUGUGUUAGCAGGAAAACUCUAAACAUUGUUUAUUUUACAUUUAUAUAUUUGUGUCAACUGAUGGCAUUGUUUUUUGCAAUGAAUUGUACUUCUCAAAGGCAGACACAGUUAAGCGGUUCACCUAUUUUGAACUUGCCACAGAAGACAGAGUGUGAUUCUCUUAUUAAAUUAUAGAGAACAUGGAACAGAGUGUAGAUAAAUCAUAUGAAUGUACCAGACUACAUCAUUAGUAUUAUAAUACUAUUUGUUUAUCCCAAAACUUCAUUUCCUCAUUGCAGCUGGCAUUGGUUAACUCAUUCUGGCAUAAUGUUUACAUUUUAUUUGUAAGCUAUUAGGCUGACAAAUUUAUUGCUUUGGUUUUGACAUGGGCAUUAGUUACCCUGUGUACUUGCAGGUGUACAUAACUGUUUUGUAAUGGGUGUGUCCAUGUGAGAUCCUGGGUGUUAACAUGACGGGGGUUCCACUCUAUGAUAGACUGUGAUUUAUUAGAAAUAAUAUAUAGUCAUUUAUUUUGCUGUAGCCACUGAAGCCUGGCAUUGGUCAGUAUUCAUCCACUAGUGCAGCAGAUGCAGACGAAACUCCAUUCCUAGAAAUGUGCAUCGGUAAGUUAAAACAUUGACUAAAAAUUAAUCUUGUUGGGUAUUAUAUGCAAACAUACCUGCCUAUACAGUAUAGUGUUUAAACUACCAAAGUACAGUGUGGUACAGCCCAAUGUUUUUAAAUGGUGUGUGGCAGUGGACAGACUGUUAAAUGCAGCUGGAUGUGAGGGUCAGAUAAAAUUUAUUUUUUUUUGUUUGUGGCCAGUGGGGUCCAGUAUGAUGUACAUGUUCUUGCACUCCCAAAUAAAUACCCAAGUGCCUUCAAUCGUUUAAGCGGUAUAAAAUAAGCGACAUCUUGCAUCAGUUACGUACUUGUAAUCACAGAUGCUAAAUCUUAUCCCAGUUUCCAUACAAGAAAUUAUAGAAAUUUGGACUCUCCCUCAGCCCCUUCACCAACCCCCCACCCCCCUCUGGAUGACAUAUGAUAUGCUAGUCUAUUGUAGGGUUGCCCAGAUUUGCCAGUAUCCAUAUAUACAACUGGGCUGAGUGAGGCUAUGUGAGAGUAAAGUGUCUUGCCCAAAAACACAGCACAAUGACUUUAACUGGAAAUUCUUGAUCCGGAGUCCAGCACACCAACCAUUAGGCUGCCAUGCCUUGCACAGCUUCCUAACUUGUUGGGUAAACUUUUUCUUUUUGCAUUUAGUUACUAACAGGAUUACAAACUGUUGUCCAUUUCAGCUUGCACCAAGUUGGUCAGUUCAGAGGAAGGGCAGUUACCAAAUGCUUUUGUUGAAAUAAGAACAAUGACACCUCCAUCAACAUCAUGGAGUAAACAUGCACAGACUGAAAUUAUAGAGGUCAGUGGCAAAAGAUACUCAAUGGAAACUUUUCGUAGAUAUGAGUAAAGAUUUUGUGGUUAUAUUUUAUAAUAAUAAUAAUAAUAAUAGAGACCUUUAGCAUCAGGUAAACCGCAAACCACAAACCACAAACCGCAGUUACGCGUUUGCAGUUUCACGUUGCCGAGAUUUCAAACUUUAGCAAGGCGUUCAGUUCAGUUCAGUUCAGUUCAUUUUUAUUUAGCCAAAAUAUAAUACAACAGAAGAAUACAUAUAGGAAUUGUAAGGUUGCAAGGGAGCCCAGAAGAAACCAGAAGGCUUUAUGAAGCCUGGGCUCCCCAGUCUCAAAGAAAUAAGCAAAAUAAAAUGAAAUUCGCGGAGUGAUACGUUAAAAAAUAGGAACUAAACAGAGACUGAGUUAAGUUAUGAAUUCAGUAACAAGAUAGAAAAAAAAUGUAACUCUGGAUUGAAACAGAAUACUUUCCUUUGUUAGUACGGCAGAAAGGAAUAUAAAAUUGAUAUGAAGUACGCGUUCAUUGUUUAGGGCCACCAUGUUGUUUUCAUCAAGUCGAAGUGCAUCACUUUAAUCGCCCAAAACUCACCAAUAAUUCAUUGAUUCGAGAUCAAAAAUCCAACAAACACAUCGCAAACCGAUAUAAAAAGCUAGUUUAUACCUUUAAACGCGAGGCUGUACUAUUUUUUGUGGCAAAAAACUUUGCCGUAAAUCACUUACCGCUGGAAGCCCUUCCUGCGGUUCAAACGUGAACUGCAAACUGCAAACGUGACCGCAAGGCCGUGGUCACGUGAAAUUUUGCGGUUUGCGGUUUGCAGUUUCCCAUGAAAAACGUGAUGCUAAAGGUCCCUAAUAAUAAUAAUAAUAAUGAUGAUGAUGAUGAUGAUGAUGACAAUGAUGAUAAAAUAAUAAAUCAUUAGUAGGUUGAGCAUUUGUCUGGGUGAACUUAGUCCUGAAUAGGACUGUUAGAGCGGUUUUCACUUGACUGUCGUAAAACCAAAACCAAAGUAAAUACACUAGCCAACCAAAGGGCGUAGUAAAACCAAAACCAAAACCAAUUACUUUCGACAGUCAAGUGAAAACCGCUCUAUUGACAGUGGCUGACAUUUUGACAACCCAUGCAGUAGUCAUCUUCAGAGUCAAAGUGUAUUUCAUAAACCCUGGUUAUUGACCUGAUUGGGUAAUUAAGUUGCAAUGACAUGUUAUUGGUCGUCUGUUAGUUAAGCCAUUAUCUUAUGGCUAUGAAGACUCGAAAUGUCAUUGAUGCUUUUUGAUCCAUCUAUUGUCAGAGUCUAUUGUUGUAUAUGUAACCUGUAUGACAAAUUUGAUUUCAGGUUAAAUUUUUUAACCUAGGCUGAUUCUCAAUUUCCUUUGUUUCCUAGCCCUAAUUCAUGAAUAAUUAGGGCUAAGAGACAAAGGAAAUAAAGAAUCAACCUAGGUUAAAAAUUUAACCUGAAAUCAAAUUUGACCAGUAACAUAUAUGUAUUAUUUGGCUAUUUUUUAAUUUUUAGCAAAGUUGUGAUCCCUAUUUCCUCACAACUGUUGUGUUCCCUGAGGGUUCUGUAAAUGAACUGACACGAUUGAAGCUGGCUGUUUUUGAUGUCAGAGACAGAGAAAAAGAAGAGGUAUACUUACACUUUUGCUUGCUGUUUACUUAUACUUAAUACAUGACCUAGUAUGACCUUGAAAAAAGGUUUCACUAAGUGUUUGUUAUUUGUUUCAUCAGCCAAUGGAUGAAAAGAUCAAAACAUUGACUCUUCAUUUUUCGGCCAAAGAAAACCCUAAAUGGAGAAGGCAUUUUUUGAUUGGCCAAUCAUGUUGCAGUAUGACGUCAAAGCAAAGUAUCGAUUGAUUUCAAGAAAGUUCUCAGGCAUAAGGUUUUUUCACCCGAGCAUUCACUUAGCCAACCAAAAAGCCAUGCAUGUUUGUAUCCGUUCAAUAAACCAGUCAUAUUGCUCUAUUUCCUAGCUUGUGUUUGUUGUUUCUGUUUUGUUCGCGCAUUUUCAUUUCAAGGCCAUAUAAAAGUCGCUUUAAAAACUUCCUGUUUUGGAAUGUUAAGUUUGGCAGUCAAAUAUUAGAGCAACCUGAAAAUAAGAUUAUCACAAAAAAAAUACCAAGAACUGCUUGAACAUAAGGACACAAAAUUAAUUUGCACUGGGUUUCCUGAAAUUUUCCUGUCUGAUUUUGUUGGUUUAAAUAUUAAAAUAUAAAUACAAAAGUUGUCUUGCAUUUUGAUGCACAAAUUUUGCAAACGUCAAAAAAUAUUGAUUUCACAAAUGAUAUGAAGGCCAUGGCAGGUUAAUGAACCACCAUACAUUUGGUAUGGAUCGAAUUACCUGACUCUUUAACUGAAUGUAGAUUUUAACAAGUUAUUUGUAACUGAAAUAAAAUAAUUAAUUCUUCACAUAACAUGUAACCGACAGAACAGUUUCUUCUUGUAGAUGUCAUUAUUAGGUCAAGCUGUUUGCACCAUGGGGGACAUUUUAACUGCUUCAGACCAAAAACUGAUUCUAACUUUGACGUAAGUCUUGAUAUGGAUGAGUAGACAAGAGCUAUCUUUUUUUUUUUUUUUUGCUGCAGUAUCAUCUAAAAGAAAUAUUAGUUUUAAAAGUUUUGGCAAUAUUAACUGUUGUACUGCUUAUCUGUAGCUAUUAUUACCACUGCUUCCGUUGACCACCAGUAAAUUUUUUGCAAGCUGAUUAGAAUUUUCGCCAAGUUUAGUUAGUUCAUUACAGUAGAUCAUGACGAGUCUUGGUGAAUCUAAACUUUUAUAGAAAUGGAAAAUCAUAGCUUAUGCUGUUUUUGAAAAAUACUACCAGGUUUCUUCAUUUGUUAUUGCAGCUCCCUUGAUUCUCCUGAUGCUUGUGGAACUGUAACUGUUCUUGGAUGGAAGGUAAGACAGAGCUUUUAUCAGACCAACUUAUUUGAAUUUAAACAAUUUGUUGCCCUAUUACUAGUGACAAUAAUAAUAUUAUCACUGACAGUAAAUUAAAUGUACUAUAUUAAAUGAUAAGAGUGCCAGCCUGAGAAACUGCCAACAUUUUGCAAUGCCACCAACGGUCUUCCCACCCACAAAAUGUCAUCUGAGGAAUGAGUGCAGAAAUUCCAUACCAAUGAUGUGUCACUACCCGGAUCUGGGUAGUGAUUGGUUGAAGCAAGUUUUCGACCGAUUCAAAACCUUCUUCAAAAAAUACCCCUUUUAUUUCAAUCUUGUUUUGUUUUGGCAGGUUGAUGGUCGAAGAUCCUCAAAAAGCAUUUCUCAGAAUGUGGAGGUAUGAAUGUUAAAUUUUAUCCUCUAAGUUGAAUUGAUGUUUUCCUAUCAAGAUUGAAUCAUAGAAUUAAACCACAGGCUAUAUGAUGUAUUAGACAAUGUUUUUUUCUCAUGUCAUUUGGCACUGAAGUAAUUGUUGUUGAUUUCUUGUCACCUUUUGUAAGGUUAACGUACAUGUUUAAUUGAAACUGCUUAUUUUAAUUUUUUUGUUUUUGUUAUUUUAGAAAGAAAAAGAAAGAAGGAACAGUGGAAGGUAACAAAUCUUAUUAAUCGUAAUAUUAUUGUUUAAAAAAUGUUAUAGGUAUACUAUUGGUUUAUAUAUUGGUUUAUUUUUCCUUUGGUCACUAUUUGGAGUGAAGGGUUUAUCAACAGAUCUAUAGAAUAAUCAGUAGAUUAACAUAUUAUUUUAAAAUCUCAUUUGCUCAAUAUAGGACUAUGAUGAUGGUAGAGCACAUUCUGAAGAGAAGCUACCGAUUCCCAACAACGUAAGUCACUUCAAUAUUUGCAUUGUUGAAUCUUGACAACUUUCCUCAGAAAUUGUAACCUAAAACUGCCAUGGUUCAACAUCAGAUGGUUAAAUUAAUGCUAUAGUGUAGCUAGAACGAGGUUAAGUGGCAGCUUCCCGGAAGGAAAAUCUGCUUGUCCCUGACCACCAGACGGGUUUUUGAAGCCCCGAACUCUGGGUACUUCUUAACUUGUCUUAGUUGUUAAAAUGUGCCGUAGAAAAGAGUAUUUGGUAAACAUUGGCAGCAUCUGCCGGGGAUGCAAAAUAGCAGACUCUCAUGAAACUCUCUUGUACCCAUAAAUGAAUACUUUUUCAUUCUUUGCAAACUUGCAGUAAAUGUUGUAGGUUUUUCGUUUUUGGUAGUCAUUUAGUUAUUUGAGACACACGGCAGUGGGUGCAGUUAUCAGUUGCUUAUUAACAUGGUUCUUUCUCUUAUUAUCCAGGAACAGAGGUGUAGUCCUCAAGGUUGUUGAACUGAUGGGAGAAAGUGUUCUAACUUUUAAAAUUCCAAUUCAACUUUUGUAAGUUCCCCAACUUCUUAAACCUUAUUUUUGUUUUCAAGAGGGCGUAAUCGUGUUUCCACUUACACUGAUUAGGUAUCAUCCUGUGAACAGAGCCUUCUUUUUUCUUCUUUAUAUCGAGCCAGUGAAAGAAAGACUCUUCCUCUAGCAGGGCGACUGAUUAUGCAAGACAUAGCUUAGUUUUCCCAAUUUUUAAGGAAAAAAAGUUUAAAGCUGAUGAAGUCCUUUUUUUGGUAAAAAAUUGACGCGGAAGGCUCAAAACCUCUGUUUGCAAUGUAUGCCAAUAAUGUCUAUUGAAUUUCCAGAGGGUCAAAUGCACUUUAUUUCUUGUGUAAACUUCCAACCGAGUUGUUGUAAUAUGCUGUGUUCGAGAAUAUUCAUCCUGCAUAGGUUAAUCAGGGAUGAGAGAAUGACUAGUAGAGUUGUUUUUCCUGCUGUAGAAAAAUUUACAUUGCUGAAGAGCAGCAGAAGAUCCUGGAGCUACACCAUCUAGGAGAUGUAGGAUUUUACUUCUUUUCGUUUUAUCGCACUUUAUGAAUAGAUGUACUUAAACAACAAUAGCCUCUCACAGAUGUAUGGAGACUUUCUCGAGGGAGAAUUGCACAUGACAAGCGAAAAGAACAUUUGCAUACAACGCUAUGACGGUGGUGAUCUAUUCGAAGCAUGCACUGGCAUUCACGUCUGCAAAAAGUCUGUUGGAAACGCAUUAUAAUUCUAAUUUUGAGUCUGUGAACCAAAUCCUUUACUGUGACCCUUAAUUAAACCUAACUUCUGAAUCUGUGGAGCAAAUUCUGUAGUGUAACCACCCAAAAGUAAUCCUUUGUUGAAACGUCUUAAAAAGUGUUUUGUCAUAUGAAAUUUGGGAUUUUGGCAAAUCUUGCUUUAUGUUGACUGCUUGACUUGUCUGCUUGUUUUGUUUAGUUGAACCCAAGCUGGGAGAAUGCUCGCCAAGAGAUCCUUGAUAAUCACUUCAAACUCAUAUGCGCAUACAAAGGCAACCUACAAGAACUUGUUCCCUUACAAGGUCUGUAAAGUAAAAUUGUCAGAGUGCUCAUUCAGGCAGUGAGAUAGUAAAUUAGAGAAUGUUUAUUCACGAUACAGUCAACCAUCGCUUUGGCGAACACCUCGCUGUAAUGAACGCCAUGAUAAUACUUUGCAAAAGUUGCAGAUGUUUGACCUUAAAAAACCUCGUUAUUAUAUCAAGGAAUCUUGCUUUAACGGAAUUACAGUUCCUUCUUUUAAUAGGUCCCAACAGUAAAAUUUUUUUAUCGUUACAACGGACACCGAGGGGAACCGAGGGUUUGCGCACAGUAACGGGAAUUUUUUGUUUUUUUAAAAAUGUAUAUAUCUAUAUAAACGUCUUUACAGCGGCGAUCCCAGUUCAAAAAAACAAUAAUUUAUUCAGUCAAGUAUAGAUACAGUAAAAUUCAUGGAAUAAAACCUACAAUAUCCCGCGAAAUAGGGGACAUUCUAACUUCGCACAGAAGGAUAUUGAAACAAUAUAUUGGCGACGAAGACGUCUCUUAUCCGCGUGCAUCACAACCACGUUCCCACGGUCAAAGGAGGACGGGAAAGGACCGUGGCAACGAGGUUGCGUGCAACAAGAGAAAAGAGAGCGGUCUGCUCGCAGGCUUUUCAGUAUAAGACUCCGAUAUAACGCUCACCGUUCUCCCGCAUUUAUAGCCAACAAAGUUUCUCAGUUCUCUGGCUGAUGGGUUUAAUAGAUCUACCGUUACUCUAACUGAGCACGAGAUCAAACGGGAGCAUGUCGUUGCUGGUAAAUCACGGAGAAGAGAGGGUUAUAGUUGUUCCGCUUUUUGCUUUCUAAGUGCUACGCGACAGAACAUCCACGUGCAUCAGUGUAAAAAGACCGUCAUGAGAAGUAGCUUGUUUGUUGUGUGAUUCCAAAGCAAAACAGAUCAGAAGCCCAUUCCACCACAAAUUACUCAGCAGUAAUCUGGUAAAUUCUCCAGGUACAUGUUUCAAGCCUGCUAGACUCAGAAACGACAAGAAGUUGGCCUUUGUACCAAUUAACUUACACAUUCAACGAAUGAAGGUCAUGCAAGACAGUGAAGGAAGUAAGUGUCUUAACGCUUGUUUACACUAAACGUAAACCCUAAUCAAAUGUGCUCUUAAGAUUUAAUCAGAAGCAUAUAAUCCCGAAAUUUGCUUCUGAUGUAAUGGAUUUAACCCUUUGGUGACGGCCGGCGAGUAGCGAAAAAACCGCAUUUUUCACCGAUUCCUCUUCUUUGGACUAGUUUUCGGCAAAAUAACAUUAGAAUGGCUAAAAACGAGUUUUGCAAGAAAAAAGGCAUAUUUUCCGACUAAUCUGACAUAAUUAAACAGCUUUUUUGUUUUUUACGCAUGCGCAAAGUCCAAAAUUUGGAGUAGUAUGUAAACGGCGAAAUUGGCAUUGGUUUUUUCCCCAAAAUGUUACCGUUUUUUGUGAGUGUAACUCUGUCAGGAUUAGUCAGAAUAUCCAAAACGAGGUAUCGCUGGAAAGAUCUAUCUUUGCUGACGUUAUUUCUUACCAAUUUAUUAACUUUAACUAAAAGCUAAAAGGGUCCAGGGAGUAAUGUAUUAACAUCGUUCCAUAUGGGGUCGUAUACGACCCUAGCCGUCGGUAAAGGGUUAAGUGCUGGUUAUACAAUCUGAAAAUUUUUUGCGACUGAAAUAUUUAAUGAUAAGAUCUAAAACGUUUAGUAUUGUCUUGCUUAGGGGAGAUAAGGAAAAAAAGCAGUCGAAAGAGUAAAUCAAACCUGCUUCAUUAUCAAUCUGAUGUUGACUUGAAAUUUUUGUAUGUACAGCAGGGACCAUGUAUGAUAUUGUGACAGUUGGAGCACCAGCAGCUCACACAUUGAAGUUCGGCCAGGGUGGACUCAGGAGACUUUACAUGACGCUCAGAAAAGCACAACGCAGGUGACUAUUACAGACAAAAGCUUAGACUGGGUAUGAUUUACACGACACCAUCUGUCGCAAAGUCAUGAAAUAUGCUAAUCGCGCACGAUAGUCGCAAAACCGUCUAGUAAAAUCGACCUUCAGAGUCUCACGCGCGCUUGCGCGCGAGCUUCACACGCCCAUGGGGCGUGCGUCUCUCCCCAGUCUCGCCCUCCGUUUUCAGCCUCGCCCCAGCGUUUUGUUUGACGGUUCGCGCGUGCUUGAAAAGAUACGGAUUGUUUUGCAGUCUAUUUGGAUAAGCGGUAUUUUUUGAAAAGAAAAUAAACUUUUUUUUUCCCCAUUUCUGUUUUAUAGACAUUUAGGCUGUUACAAAACAGUUGCGCAUUAUAGGCUCAUUGAAUAUCGACGAUGUAGAUACUGGAAAAUAUAUCAUUUCCUUCCGCGAAUAGCUGUUUACUGUUUAAAAGGAUCAAUGUGUUGUUGUUAUUUUUACACAGCGGCGGUGAGAGUGAAAAUAAAGCUCCUGUGGUGAAACAGUUAAGAGGUGAAUACAAGCAAUUUUUUUUUCAUUUAUAGCUUUGUUUUUUGGUUGAACCUUUCAGUCCAGCCAUGCAGCCAUUCAGUUAUUACCUCUUUCUUACUUUUGCAGUUAAUUUGGAAAAAUUCAAGUCUCAGUUGAGCCAGCACUGUGAACAAUUAAAAGAGUAAGAAAUUUUUUACAGAAAUUGAUGAAAGUUUGACAGUCACUGGUUGACGGCGGGAGCUAAAGAGGUUUUUGAGCAACGUACGUCAACUGGAAGAGGACUUUUGCAUUCUUUGGCUGCGGUUUUGCUCAAAUUUUUUGGGCAAAUCACCUCUAUAAGUCAGUUUAAAGACACUUAGUAAUUCAAUUUGGUGGCGUCAAAGCGAAUUAAAAGGCAAAAGGCACCACUUCCAGUUGACGUGUGUCGCUCAGAAACGUCUUUGCUUAAGCUCCAGGCCAGGCUUGGUUAAGCUACUGUAUGCGGAACUGGUUUAUCUGAUAGGAAACGAUUGGUGUUCCCUGGGAAUAAUAUCCAUGCAUUCGGGCAAACCCGUAUACUGAUAAUAUCGUAGAAUUGACGUCUCUAACCCGUUAUGUGCUAGGCUCCCACGCAGCCGUUCUUAGGGGUUUGUCACGCGUUCCUUCCCCACUAUCGUGGGGCAAGAACGCGUGACGAACCCCUAAGAACGUCUGGGUGGAAGGCUAAUCAUGUGCGCUAUUCACACCUUAUUCAGUAUUUUGAUUGAUAAUACUGUAAUACAUUCUAAAUACUUUGCGGUUGUAUGCAGUCACCUCUUUCUCUCAGUGGACACGUUGAAUUACUGAGACGUCUCUAAAGCUCAUGCACACCUGAUGUUGGCGUUUGCUGUUAGCUAGUCAUUUUCUUUGAGCCUCUAUAAAUCGAACAUCUAUCUAAGGUGGACACUUAGGGUCUGUUUACAUGGAGGUAGGGGACCCCAGAUAGGUGAGGUAAUCAGGUUAGGUGAGGUAACCCGCCUAUCCAUCUAAUCUCUCAUUUUAAUUUGAUCAUGUUUACAUGAUAGGUGGGGUGACCCGUUACAUGUUACCUCGCCUAUCUGGGGUCCCUCAUCUCCAUGUAAACAAUCCUUUAGUUUUGCUUCUGUGGUGUUCUUACUCGGAAGAGCUCACUACACUGUUAUUCCUCACUUUGUGUACACUCUUUGUUUAGCGCUAUCAAGUCAGGGAAUGUCACCAAACUCAUGGACACCAUGUCUCGUCUUUCCGAUAAGGUAACACUAAAGGAGCACGUCAAUUCUUUCUCAGCACUUUGUCCCUCUCAUGUUUUGACGGCUGGUUUGUUGCUGCUGUUGCUGUCGACGCUUCUCGAUACACCCCCCGGUCUAUACCUGACUGAAGGGUAAAUAUUUUGGGUAUAUUUUUGUCGUGAGGGGUGGGUGGGUGGAGGGGGGGAUGUCCACGGAGUGCAGGUCAAUCGAUCCUUGCUUUAUCUCAUUCCCAGAUCUCCAAACCUACCAGCAGACAUAAUUGAGACUUUGGCCUCGCCCUAAACACAAACCGAUGCGAAAUGAUUGAGAGUUAUUUAUUGUCGGGUUAUAUUAAUCCUCUUCAGUGUAUUUCUAAAGAGCGUUAGUCGUUUUUUGUUCUUUCUAGGCCAAUCAGUUGUUAAAAUUCCGGGAAGCUUCUCUGGUUGUGGAAUCUUUAUCUUCGUUGGAAAAAGCUGUUCCAUCUCCUAAAGACGAAGAUGAACCAGAUGUUGGUAUGGCGGAGAAAACUGAUGUUGAACAUUGUUAACUGUCAGGGUUCUUAUCACUCCUAGAUUUUCUGGAAUUAUAAAAUUUUGUUCCGGGGCCGUGGGGGACUCCUUGAAAUUUUCUAUUCUUGAUUUACUUCUUUUUUCAUCGCAGAUAAUUUCUGGAAUGUUCAAAUAUUCACAAAGCCAAGUGCUAAAUGUCAGGUAAAUAUGGGGUUUUAAAUUAUUUGCAAAUUAUAAUUAUUCCAAUAGCCGCGCAACUCGUCCAUUACACAAGGGUCCUUUUUUGACUUCUAUGUUGAGUUUGUGAAUGCGUUUUCUUUCGUUUCACAGCAACAGUUGUAAAAAUUUUCAAAAAAACGUUUCCAAAAAAUUUUAUUCCUCCAUUUUCAGGAGCUCUCCACUCUCGUCGACCAGAGCCUCAUGAUGAUGCAGAGUCACGUAGACGGGAUGAUCCAGGGCGUACCACCACCUGAAGGUAGCAAUGAAUUGUGAGAACUACACCUCCGUUAUCUGGGUCGUCACGCAACGCACCCCUUCGAGUGUUUUGUCGUAACUACCCAAAUAAUGGCUGGAUGGAAGAGUAGUUAUUAGAUAUUGGCUGUUACAUUAUAUUUCUAGCAUUGUUUUAAGUUAAUAAUAAUAAUAGUAAUAAUAAUAAUAAUAAUAAUAAUAAUAAUAAAUACUUUAUUUAUACUGCAAAAAUAGAUCAGCUCCAUGAGAAAAAAACUGCUGGUAUAAACCUAUGUGCAGAAAAUAAAAUAUUUUAAGAUUAAAAAUGAUUUGCUUUAAAAGAUCCUAAAUUUAGGCCAUCAGCCUGUAAUUCUUUGGGUAACUCGUUCCAAUCCUUUGCUUAAGAGAAUUUAAAAUAAAACUGGAUUUUACUUUAGGCAGAUGAAUUUCUUCGACUAUCUCUUCAGGUCCUAACCACGGCAUUCAGAUCUCAAGGUUAUAUAAUUCUGAAGUUGCGUAGGACAACGCUGAUUGUUAACAGUUUUGAACGCUAGCUUAAGACGCACAAAUCUUCGCCUGCUAGAUAGUCUUAGAAGUCCUAGUUUUUGUCUCCCAUCGUUUGUGAGUAAUUUAGGUGGUUUAGAGUUCUUCUUGGAGCAGGAUCCCCAACCGUAAUCUAAAAUAGGUAAAAUGUCACUUCAUAAAUCUUCAAAAGGAUAGUUGGAUCCAGAAAAGACGAAAUCCUAUUCAGCAGCUUAAGUUUAGGGUACUAUCUGGAGGCGACAUAAUAAGUGUUCGGUUUUUUCCAAUGACUGCUAUCUUUGAUCGUCAGGAAAUUCAUGGGUUAGUGUAGUAUUGUCAGAGACGCAUGAUUUUUCCAGAGCUGUGGAUGGCUUGGUGAAAGAAAUCUAUUUAGGAAUGAUUUUCCUCCAACUUCAGGUAAGCGUAAGUUGUAGAAAGGUAAAGUUUGUUUAUCCUGUUUAUAGUGGAAGUCCCUAAUCUUUGCAGCUAGUUUACAGGCACUCCACUUAAAUGGCUAGAAACAAAUAAUAAACAAAUAAUUCUAUAGAACAUAAAUUGAGUAAAAACCAAACUGGUAGGAGGCACCUUGUUGGCUAUUUACGAGCGUGGCCUAGGAUUUGAACUCGAGACGAACAAGAAACAAAUCCAGCUAGUGGUCAGAUCGAGUUGGACUAAAAUCACAAGACCGACGCGCUGACCACUCGGCCACGCUGCCUACUUGUUUUUGUUGUUAAGACAAUUACUUACUCAAGACGGCGGUAAAUCUGGUCAGAAGGACUUCGCAAACCCUGUUAUGGGAUAAUUGAUCAAUUAAUUGUCCUCAUUGCAUACGAGGUGGUUAAUAGCCAUUGCGAGGCGGGAAGAGCGAUACAGUUGGCUAUACCAAUCUCGUAUACAACAAGAGUGAAUGGAAUAUUCGUUUUGUUAAUUUGCCAACCUUCCCUUAUUUACUUUUACAAAACGUUCCCUGUUAUUGAAGAGAAUUCAGUUUGUCGGCUGGUCCGAGUUUACUGCUAUCACUGUCGCUCUCGUUUUCCAUAAACAAUUAUAAGGCUAAACGUCGGUGUAAUAGCUGGUAACCGAGCUCAAAGCAAAAAAAGUAAAAAAGGAAAUGCCUUUCUGUUAAUAUUAAUUUACUUUUAUUCUUUCUCUAUAUUUCCUUCCAACGAAACAUACCGUGUAGGAAGAAGCAAAACACGCUUCGAUCCUCUACGAAAUCAGAAAACGACAGGACAUGGUUUUUUCCCACGCAGUAAGUGUACUCUCCUGCGAAAAAUAAAUAAUUCUCGCGCCUUCCGGUGCUUUCUCUCCACAAUCCCGCCCGAAUUUCAUUUCUUCUAUUUUGCAACGAUUUUUCUUUCAAAACGUUUUUCGUUGCUUAUUUUUUCGCUUUUUUUUGGUGUUGAACAUGUUAAUGAUUAAGGGUCGAGGUUUAAACUUCAUUUAUUUUAGCACUUGUUUUUGCAGGUGACAACUUUAGUGGCUGGUUUUGUUUGCAAACUCCACAAUUCUCUUUCAAACAACGUUUUCCUUAAGCAGCUUGCGCAGAUUGGAUUUCUGGCGCAUUUUGAGAGCCUUCUUAGCACAAAUGGUACGUACUUUAAGUAUUUUUGAUAAAACCAUUCACUUUUUUUAUUUCAGCUGUGAAGAGUUCUGCAAAAUGCGACAGAUAAGUCGCGCAUACUAGUGUUAGUACCAGUGAUAGACGCGGGAAAGCUCCGCGGUGAAAGCAGUCCGCGUCAGGCGCGGAUAAAUGAACGAGAAAACAUUCGACUGUUAAAACAGGAAAGGAAGGCAAAUAUACAAGCUUUGUAAAUCGGAAAAAGCGUAACUUUGUCAUUAAAUCGUGUUAGUGACUUGCCAUGUAUUUUUUUCCAUAUUGCUCGUACCUAGCCAUUUUUGGGGAAAAUCAAAAUGUCAAAUUCGCUCAGGUUCUGUUUUUCGUGCGACAUUUACGCUUUCUUCGGUUCUUAUUCUUUUGUCAGGUGAUGAAAUGGGAAUGCUAGAAGAUGCUUGUGUCAGCAUAACUAACCUUACCUGUGUCAAAUUUAAGGUACAAGUCAGCUCGUCUAUUUUGUCAAAGCAUGAAGAAAGCAAGGGGUAGUCCGAGAAUCAUGGAAGUUUAGAAGAUCUGUGUUGAUAGGAAUUGUUAUUUUGUUAUUUUCAUAGUAAAAAAUCUUCAGUUGUAAGCUUAUAUAUGUUUUUUCAGUUCAAGGAGUGCGACAGAGAAGAUGAAAUUCCAACGUUGAGUGGAAACAGGUUUGUUUACUCUGUAAGCGACGUGACCCAGUGAUCGACACUGUCAACCUUUUUACCGCUAUAAAGUGCGGACUCACCAAAUUCAAAAUUAACUAAAAAUGCCGCAUUUAGUUAUCAUCAAGAAAAACAAAUGAAGAGUUUUCCUUUGAAUGGCCACAUCAUAAGAUUUCCUGGUCCUCAGACUCAAAAGUUAGAAAGAACUAGAUACUAAGCUUAAAUAAAUUGUUCCAUGUGACAGUACUACUGAAGAGGUUUCGGCAAUCAUGGGACUUGGCCCACAGACUCAAAUGCUACAUUCAAAACAAAUUGUACCAUGUGAAAUAACUGCUGAAAUGUGAUUCACAUGAAUGGUCACACCAUAGAAUUUAGUGCCCCGGUUUAAUUGGUUUUUGAGUUUGUUAUAACUUAUUCUUCACCCACAUUGGGAUAUCGUUUCCCGCUUUAAAGAGGAAAUUUCCCUGUCUCUUUUUUGGCGUACUACGGCGUCACUCUAUUUCAGGUGGCGUUCAACACCUUUUCCCCCUAGAUAAGGAGCUCAUUCUUAUGUCCCGCAAAUAAUCAAAAUUACUGACUGAAAAAUAGAGCGUAAAAUGUUUUAUGCUGCUAUUCUUCGCCGUCUUGAAAGUACUCACGUUGAUCCUCUUUGAGACGCCUAUGAGGAGACCAUGACCCGCGGAGCGAGCAGCUUCCACGUACUCGUAUCACAGCGCUGUUUCUAAUCAGUUUAUUUUUAGAACGAUUUAUGUCGCGAAGUUAGAACACCGUAUUUCCUCGAAUAAUAGCCGCCCCUCGAAUAAUCGUUCCCCCUAGACGGAAAUAUUUAAAAUAAUCGCCUCCCUGGAAUAAUCGCGCAACCUCCCCCUAUCCUUCUCGCCAUCUUCUCUUUCUUUUAUCCCCGCCCUGUCAAGCUGAAGUGGAGUCUGACGCGGCAAAACUCAUCAGUAACGAUUCAAGCUCUGACCCGGGGACAUUGAAAAGUAAUGAAGGAACCAAAUUUAGAGUGCGAAAAAAGGCCAUGUUCAGUUUAUUUGAUGUGAUCGUUUUUAGUGGGAAAAUAAAACAAAAUAUUUAGGGCAGGUCUUCCAGUGAGCAGUGUUUAGAAUAAGAAUGGAAUAAUCGCCCCCCUUUUUGUGCGAAAGAAAUAAUAAUCGCCCCGGCUAUUAUUUCGGAGGAAAUACGGUAUCUUGAAAGUCCCACAAACCAGUCAGCAAAACCCGAAGACCUGAAAAUAGUAUUUGUGACCUUUAAAUAACUUAUAGUUUUCUUUUUUUUCAUAUCUUAUAUUUCGAAUGCGCUUAUAGACAGAGAAAAGGGCUCACUUUUACAAGAAAAACUGCUCUCAAGUUUCUAAAUCUAAAAAUAAACGGUUCAUGAGAACGCCGUACUGUACGAGGCCUUGCGUCUGGUGUGGGAGUUGCUUGCUGCGCGUGGGUUAUGAACUCAUGACACCCACCAAGUGCUGGAAUCUGUUUAGGUGCUCGUUUCUUCUAACCCUAUUCCGGUGCGGUGUGUUUUUCUGCAGGGGAUACAUACAAGUUAACUUGUCACUGCCAUCCAUUCACUUCCGUCGACUUCCGCGUGAGUUACAGGAGGGUCGGCUGGUCAAGGUCAUACCUGUGCUAUUUACACAAGGGAUUAAUGAACACGCAACGCUUGCAGAGAGGUACGGCAACUAAAGAAAUCUGAGUUUUUGUAUUUGUGCUGUCACAUCCUCUAAUUAAAAAUGUGAGGUGUAUCUUGCUUGAAAGAGAAAAAUACUUUUUUUGUCACCGACUUCACUGUGAUAUGACAUGGGUGGCUUUUAAGAUCUCUUAUUUUGAACACAUUUUCGUAUUUUAAGUGUAAUUGCUAUUGUAAAAUAACCUCUUUCCGAGUUUCAUCCCUCCGACACUUUGAAGUAAAAAAAUGUUUUCUUUGUAGAUUUGGAGAUACAAGUCUUCAGGAAAAGAUCAAUGGUGACAAUUACAGCAUUUUGAAUUUCUACUUUGAACAAUUCAAGGACAAGUUUCCUGAUGCAGGUUUUGUAAAACGCUCCUUUUUUCUUUCCUUUUUUCGCUUGUUUUUCCUUGCAAUUUAGCCCUCUCCCUGUCAACAUGAUACCAAUUUUCACUGUAAAUCUGUCAGUCCUGUCAACUUUAAAUCUGUCAGUCCUGUCAACUUUAUCCAAAAGAAUCGGAUAGGAAGGCACGUGCUGUAAUUUUGUUUAAAUUCUCAUCACGACAACUCAAACUAUAGCUAGACAAAAUUAAGAGAAAAUUCCCUCUUCAUCAAUCAAUCUGCAAUACCUGCGUUUGCGGGUGCCUGUAUUUUUUUAAAAUUAUCUUCCUUACUGUUUCACCAAAGCAAAAGCAAAUAUUGGGGCCAUAAGUAAAGGGCAAGAAAUGCUGAAGGCAAAGACUUCUUCCCUCUUUCUAUACCAAAAGCUUCUCAAUUCACGAUUGCUUGCAUCAGGUGUAAUCAGUGAGGUUUACUGGUAUCACGAGAAAAUAAUGGGACAACGAACUAAGGGCGUUGGCCAGAAGACAUGUGAAUUUCACUAAAGUCAUUUUUAGAGGUUGUAAUUGAACGGAAGUCUAAUUCCUGAGGCGUCCGCACAUUGUUUGAAACGUCAUAAAGUACACGUGCGACUGACUCAAAGCAAACAAUGCAGAAUAUUGUAAUGGCGACUGGUGAAUUCUCCCUUAACAACACUGAAUAAAAAUUUGUGGACCUCUUCGGAAACCAACUUCUGAUUAAGUUAAAAGGUUUAAUUAAUCUAAAAAUAGCUUUGGCGAGGCUGUGUUCCAUCAUUUUCUCUUGUUGGUGUUUAUUUAUGAUUCUAUUAAUUUAGUUUCCCCGCGAAAAGAUGGAGAACCAAGUUUAGAGCAGCUGAUGAAAUCUCUGAAAUCAAACAUCGACAGCAGACGAGGAAAGAAUGUAGACAUUCUACUCAUAAGCGAAGAGGUAGCGUUAAUUAUAUUAUGCCUUUUUUAGCCUUUUUACUUUCCAAGGGCUUCUACUUGUGGAAAUAAUGAAAAUUAAAGGGUUAUGUUUUGUUAAAUGCUGCGAAAAUUCAAGUGUGACAAACGAAAACUUCCCAGUAGUUAAUACUCUGUAGGAUUUCAUCCUCCGAACCAUAUCCAAACUAGAUGAACUGCUCUAUUGCUUUGUAACUCUGAAGUCGUUUUACCUUGUAUAAAAAAAUAGCACAUGCUAUACAUGUAAUUUUGAGAGCGCAUUACUCAGUUGAUUGUCACAGUACAGUUAAAAAAAAACGAGCAGCAGUUUAUUAUCACGUUUAAAACCUCCAGGUGGAGCCGAGGGUUUUUAAACCUGAUAAUACAAGACUGCGAGUUUUUUCAACGGCUUCAAAAUCUCUGAUAUAGAUCAACUCAUUCUUGCACAAAUAUUUAGAUUUGUGGUUAUUUUGGUGUAAAAAAUUGGACGUAAAGUUUAGCCGUGUCUUUUUCAGAUAAAAGACACUCAUUAAACUUUUAAAAUUUCUUUUGUUUUUCUUUAUGAAUUUUUAAUGAGUUUUCAAUUACUGAUUACACCGUGCCGGUUUGGUGUUUUAGUAUAUGUGACUUUGUAUUCCUCUGAUAUUUUCUAAGAGUACACAAUGAUAAAAUGUAUUUAAUAUCCAACUUUUUACAGAUCUGUUGGCGGUUGAACGGCUGUCGUUUCACGAGUUGUAAAAGCGCCAAGGAUCGCACAGGCAUGGGAAUCACACUGGAACAGUGCAUGAUACUCAAACGAGAGCAUAACAUGGAUUCACAGUUUUUUCAGCAGGCUUUGGACGCCAUGAGAAGGUAUUGUCAAGGCAAUGUCUUGUCAUCAGUUUGUUACGUCAUCUUGGCCAUGCAUCUUUUCUCUAAGCUAACUCCCCGUACAGAAUAGCAAAAGCAAAAUUUCAAAUUUAUUCUUGGAAUUCGAGCAGCAAGUAUCAUUUAUAUGUUAAGAGUUUUGUUUAUAGCCUUGUUGAGGUGCAGUUAGUUGUCUAUUUGAUAAUCAACUUCUAGGCUGUUCACAGUGCCCUGUUUUUUCGUAAGAUGAUCGAGAUGAAGCGCUUAUCGUUAUGAGCGGCCAUCUUGGUUUCGAAUGUACAAAGAGGGUCGGCUUCGGGGUUAGCGGUGGAUGAAGGAUAUUUUUCUCGCCUCUUUUUAAACCACCCCCCGUGCCCUUAGUAGGUUUAAUACUCAUCCCCAGGCUAGACUCGGCAUUUUUGGUCACCCGUGUGGGGAGGUACUCGAUCUCAACGAUCUUUGAGUUUCUCGAAUCUUUCGAAAACAGGGACUGUGAACAGUCUAUCAAACUUCAAACUCUUUUCCUUUUCAGUGAAGGAACAAGACGAGAAAACACUUUCAAGAACACAGGAGUACGUAGUUAUGCCUUCAACUCGUGGCAGGUCAUGGCUCUUCCCAAACAAUACCGACCUCCUAACGGAACUUACGGCAAAAAUGUUCAGACAUAAAACACCUUACGAUGCAGGCUAUAUAAUGGUACCCAUGCGUCUCCUCAGUUCAGUACUGUGUGACCAGACAAAAAAUGGUCGUGAAUACUACGAUCACGACGAGUCUCAUACUUUAUCUUUUAUACAUAAUAUAUUUUUUGUUAAGAUGUUUUUUCACAUGAACUCUUCCAAUAGGAUAUAAAGCGGGUUAACAAUAUCCUGCUUGUAGGACUGAAGUGGAAACACUGAGUACUGAGUACUUUGCGGUCUUAGUUAUACUUGUGACUAACUGAAGCAUCGGAUGGCCCACCUGAUCGAUUGCCGUCAGUUUUUUGUACGAGCGCAGAAACCCGCCAGGACUCUUUACGUACAUAAUUACCCAGGUAAUUAGGAGAAACGAAGACAUUUUAGCAGUUAAUAUUAUCCAUAGCAAAAUUUUGAAGGAAAUAUAGCGAUAUUUUAAGCGCCUAGGCAAUUGAAAAUAGCGAUUUUCAGUUACCAUUUUUUUGUCUUAGUAGCCUGCGUGGUAAGCGUUUCCGUGUGGUUUCAGAGCAGAGAAAAACCGAGGAACGACGUGGAACGGGAUUUUCUGUUUUGGCCGCGCGAAAAAUAGAACGAGAGUGGCCUUUGACUCUCGUUCCUCCUUCUUUGCUCCGAAAGUUCACGGAAACACUUGCGUAAAAUAUCUUACGUAACAAGGCAGCAAAUUUAGUUGUGUAGUUUAUGAACUUGUAUAAAGAGUUUAACAAGGGAAAUUCGUUCUCAUUAGACAAUCCACCACUUAUCGCCGCCCAAGAGAGUUGACCUCCUGUAGAUAUACCUUACAUAGUCCACAAUUAUUUUGUGUAUACAGUGGAACCUCGAUACAUGUAAAAAGAAGGGCCAAGGGACUGGCUAAAUUUGUUCGCUAUAACGAGGUUUCGUUAUAUCGAAGUUCUUUUUCAUUUACCAUUACUAGGGUAAAGAAAAUCGUUCGUCAUUCCGAGGACUUCGUUAUAUGGAGGUACCAGUGUAACAACCUUUUAUCACUACACUUUAUUCAUAAAUUUUCACUUCUUAUAUUCGCUUAUUUUUCUGUACAUAAUGUUUUAUUCUCGAAAAUUUUAUUACCCGAGUUCGUGUAUAUUUUGAUACUAACAAAAAAAAAUAGUUGGGGGAAAAGUGUAGUUUACUUAGUUUGUAGUAUAAGACUUGAUCUAAGCCGUACAAUUAGGCGUCAUGCUCCAAUCCGUGUAUAAUUGCGAGUAAGCUCUCUGGAAAAUAGAGAAGUGGCACGGAGAGGGUGUAUCCUUCGUUGUUUAUUUGUUUUUCCUAUGAACCUUAGUUUCAUUAAGGAUUUGAGAGAGAGCUGACAAAUGAUAUUAAAGAUUUUACAAAGCAAGUUAUGCGCUUCUGUUGUAAGCGAAGAUCGUAUUUUAGUAAAUCUUCACUAACUUCUCCAAGUACAUUUUUGAUACAGUAGAAGUGUAUUUCGAGGAUGCUUGGAUUAGUUUAAUUUUCUAACUGAAAAAUCACUUUGCAUUUUCAAAUUAGCAAAGAAUGUCAGAUCAAUUGAAAUUUAAUAUAAAGAAUAAAUUGUAGUAAGAAAUUAUAUUAAGGAAUAAAGGAAGAGUUAUUUUGAAAUGUCUGUGCGUUUACAUAGGGAAAACAGAAGGCGCAGCAAGCUUGUUUAGAAA